UACCCGACCGAAGGGGAAUUCCUAAACGUCAUCGGUGUGUUUUAAUUGUGUGUGACUGUCAUCAGCAGGAAAGUUUACAGUUUACUGAUCGAGCUUAGAAUCAGAUUAUAUUAUCAGACAUAUUGGUAACUGAUAUUAAAUAAGGUUUCAUGAUUCUUGCAAUGAUAUGGCGUAUUUGAAAAUAGAAAUUAUAUUGGAAGUAAUGAUAUUCGCUGCUGUAUAUAUGAAUAUAUAUAUACCAACACCCAUUAGUUCGGUGCACUAUAUUUUACCUGUGUCUUAUACUUUGACUGAAAGGAAUUACCUUUGUGUGAAAAGUGUUUAAAAGCAAUCCUCAGACGAACACGACACGAUCACUGUGUGUUGUGUUCAUUACUGUCACAAGCAGAUUUUACGAGGUUUACAAAAUAUCUAUACGGAGCGAUUAGAAAAAUUAAAGUACGCUAUCCAAUCUUCUACAAUUCACCUAACCUCCUCAAAAAGAUAUGAAUGCUACUGAAAAAUAAAUCCGAGGCUAUAAAAUGAAUGUUUUUAACCGUUUCAAGAAACGUCUGUUCAAUAAGAACAGGAUGAAAAAAACGAACAAAUUAGAUCAAGAUGUGACGUGUUCUCCAAGCAAUGCAGACAAUGAACACCUCACAGCUGAUGAAAAUGUUUCUACGGGCAAUACCACAGAAUACAACGAUUUGUCAAGCAGCAACAAAGAAUAUAACAUCAACGUAUUGCCAGAUGAAACUGAAGCUAAACAACUCACCACUAAGCGUAACAUCAAUGCUUGGUCUAAAGUCAAUAAUGAUCCUGGACAUUAUAAGAACAUUUUGUCAAAGGAAGAGGUCAAAAGAAUCGAGGCUUUGAUGCUUGAUCUUAAUUCCUAUACCAGAAGUGAUGGCACUGAAAACAGAUUAUGCCUCAAAGAAACGAACAUCAAUACCUUGAGUGCAAACAAACACAUUUGCGAAAAUGCCGAAAGGGAAUUGAACACAAUAUGUGUUCAUGCACCGCACCAAUGGCAGUUACAGGCUGUAAUCACCGAAAAGGGCGGCUUCUUCCAAACAAAACACUCUGACGUCAGACUCACGUUUCAACAAAACUCAGUUGAUAUAAAUACAACUAUUUCAGGGUCAGUUUUACUUGACAUUCCGUUUCUCAGAAGUAAAUUUGAACUACAAAAAACAGACAUUAUAGUGGCACCCACCGUUGAAUACCAUUUGCAUGAAGUAACACACCUAAAGUUGCAUGCUUGUUUAGAACUACCCCAUUGUAUAGGCAGUCGAAACGUACACAAAAUGCAAGUAUCGUGGUGUGUAAAUGUGCGUGGAAAGGUCACAAAAAACUCAAAUUUCAUUUAUUGAAAAACCAGCACAGGAAACCCAGCGGAUUCCGGAUAUUUACUGGACAAAGGGCACGAGAAGGAAUACAAUAAACGUAUUUGCUAAGCAUUUCUGUGUUAUUCUGUGUACUGCGUGCGAAGAAGAUGUCGAGUUCAAUAUUCGAGCAUUGCUAUUUCACAAAUUUGACAAUAUUAACCCAUUGACCCUCAGGCUCCACCUUCACCUGGGCGGACCCCUGUCAAAGAUAAGAGACUUCGAACAGGCAACGAUUGAAAAGAUGAAGAGGGAAAACCUGAUUUUCAUCGAAGAAACAGACCUCAAUCUUAUCCCAAGAUUUCAAGGUACCCUCAGAUUUCGCUUGGAAUUGCUAGAAAUCGCCUAUGGAAAAUGGGAGCAUGUGAAGCGAGAAAGCACGAAUCUUGUCUAUGAAAGCCAACAGAACUUUGAUGUCAGACGCUUAGCCAAGUGUGGCAAUGAACACGUCAUAAAUGAUGGGGUGAAAUUGUUGCUAAAACGUGUGACGGUUUCGACGAACACCUGCUGUUUCUGCACUGACAUCAUACAUGUUGGCAAUGCUGAAAGCGAGGCUACGGCAACGACGACGAUGCAUGCAGUAUUACCGGUGCCAGAAGACCGUCCGGAGCGGAGAAUCAUAGAGCGUCUGAGGGUCGGAUUACAUGGACAAGACAUCUCCAGAUCCAAAGAACUGUUCGAGACGUUCGGGAUGCCAUUCCAUGAAGAAAGUGCUACUCGAGAGGAAUACUGGCAGGGAGAACUCGGCGAAUUGCUGAGGAAUCGGGGCUUGGUAAACUUCCUUUCUGAACUGGAAAUAUUUCUAUUAAGGCGUGGGGAGACAGAACUCCUUAGGGAAAUCAGAACAUAUUGGCCGCGCCACGACUAUGGGAAUGCUCUCGUCAAUUACACGGCGUCUGGACUUAUAAACGAUUCAAAUUUGCCAUUCAUACAACCACCUAAUGAUAUCUACAGCCAGGCAAUGCCAAACUAAAUGGAAGGAUCACAAUAAAAAAAAGUCGUUCUGUUGUGAUCACGAAUAAAUCAGGCGCAUACAUUAAUAGAAUCCAUC